AUGGUCGCCUCAACCACCGCGUCUUUCGAGAGUUUCGUCAAGCAGACCCGCGAGAAGAAGAAGAACGAAGCCCUCGCGCAACAGUUCCUCGGAGCUGGCAGCCGAGGCCGGAAAGCGAAUGCACCAGGCGCCGGCGGCCGGGCGCGAGUUGAAUCUGAAAAGCCAUCGCUGCUCAGUCGGAUAAACGGUGGUGCUGGCGUCCAGAAGCGAUCAGCGAGCGCGAAGCCAGCCGGCAACGUCGACGGGAAAUGGCAACACGAUCUGCACAAGCUGAACAACCCCCGCGGUGCCGCCAACAGCAGGAACAACCUCGCUCGGACGGCGUCAGCAUCCCAGGUCGAGCGCAACAGCAAAGUGUACACCAAAUUUGCUCCCGUCCUUGGUCGCGCUGCGGCUACACGCAGCAAUGACGCUGCACCGGGCAUUAGCAUUCGAGGUGCCGCGACGGGCGGUCCGUGUACCGUCAUUGCUAGCAACUUUGCACCUGGAACAACGGCCGCUGAUAUCGAGGCCGUCAUGACCCCGAUUGGAGGAGAGACGCUGGGCUGCAGGCUCUUAUCUUCCAGCCCGACGGUCAUGGUCGAGCUGCAGUUUGUGAGCAGGGAGGGCGCCGAGAAUGUCAUCGCGACGUUCAACAACCAGAAGGCUGAUGGCAGACUCCUCUACGUCUACAUGAAGGAUGUCCCCGCGAGCACCCACGUCGCACGAGCACCGCCUGCCCGCCUUACGCAGUCCAUGGAUGACAUGGACAUCGACACCGGUGCGAGCGCACGCGCUGGUAGCUUCCAAGAUGGACGAUACGGCUUCAACGACGCUAGUCGCAGAGAACCACCACGUGGACCCCGCCGACGAUACUAG